UGCGUGCCCCGCCCCUCCACCGCGGCCCGGAUGAAGAGUAACGCCAUUACCGCCAGAGCCUCCGAGAGCCCUAGCGGACCCGCACCGGACGCUGACCGGCCGCACCAUGAGACUCCUCCCCCGCCUGCUGCUGCUGGUCCUGCUGGCCUUCCCCGCCGCCGUGCUGCUCCGAGGCGGCCCCGGAGGGUCAUUAGCCUUGGCUCAAGAUCUUACAGAAGAUGAAGAAAUUGUGGAAGAUUCAAUAAUUGAAGAUGAAGAUGAUGAGGCUGAAGUAGAAGAAGAUGAACCCACAGAUUUGGCAGAAGAUAAAGAAGAAGAAGAUGUGUCUAGUGAACCAGAAGCUUCGCCGAGUGCAGACACAACUAUUCUAUUUGUAAAAGGAGAAGAUUUUCCAGCAAACAACAUCGUGAAGUUCCUGGUUGGCUUUACAAACAAGGGGACAGAAGAUUUUAUUGUUGAAUCGCUAGAUGCCUCGUUCCGUUAUCCUCAGGACUACCAGUUCUACAUCCAGAAUUUCACAGCGCUUCCUCUGAACACUGUAGUGCCACCCCAGCGACAGGCGACUUUUGAGUAUUCCUUCAUUCCUGCAGAGCCUAUGGGGGGUCGGCCCUUUGGUCUGGUCAUCAAUCUGAACUACAAAGAUUUGAACGGCAAUGUAUUCCAGGAUGCUGUCUUCAAUCAGACGGUCACGGUUAUUGAGAGAGAGGAUGGGUUAGACGGAGAGACAAUUUUUAUGUAUAUGUUCCUUGCUGGUCUUGGGCUUCUAGUUGUUGUUGGCCUUCAUCAGCUCCUUGAAUCUAGAAAGCGCAAGAGACCCAUACAGAAAGUAGAAAUGGGUACCUCGAGUCAAAAUGAUGUUGACAUGAGUUGGAUUCCUCAGGAAACAUUGAAUCAGAUCAUGCAGAGUAGAAGAGAUAAAGCAUCUCCAAGAAGGCUGCCCCGGAAGCGGGCGCAGAAGCGAUCGGUGGGAUCUGAUGAGUAAAUGUUGUUUGUGCCGCAGUCCAGUCUGUGCAUGCCCUGCCCUCAUGUUCUCGGCCUCCUGGGAAUGAGUGCAGAGAAGCCAUGCCACCAUAGACGCCAACUGCUGCUUAUGUGUGGACUGAGCAGUCGGAGUCUGUGGCCAUAUGAUUGCUGAAAACGCACUGCAUUGGUUUUCUAAAGUAACAAAUCUGGGUUUUUUUUUUAAAACCAUUAAACUGUGUGGGUGUGGAUGUCUGUGAGCAGCUGUCUUACCAGAAUCAAUGUUAAACUACCUGAAACACGCCUUUAGCAUACUCAGCAAAACGCUCUCACCGCUUCCCUUGUGCUAGUUUCCAGUUUUGACCCCAAGUUCAAUUAAUAUUUUUUCCCAGUGUGGUUUUAGAUGAAUUGUUUAGAGGAAAUAAUUUGUUUAUUUCUUGGAAUUGAUCAAAUCCAAACUGAGGGCACAAGCCGGCCUUCUGCUUGCUGUCUGUCACAGCUUGUAUCUAACUGCACAGCAGGGGUGGCUGCUGUGAGCAUCAGAGGCAUGCUGGGUAGUUUCUGCUGUCUGCUGUGUGCACCCUUCAGGAACUUACCAAUGGAGUCAAAAAGAAUUUUGGAAUCGCUAGCAACAAAUCGUGAAACCUGACAAUUCUACUGACACCAGUGUAUAAAUCUUAUUCUAUGCCUGUUUUUGCUUGGUUUGAGUUUUUAACAAAGAAUAGUAUGUCUGUGCAAACUGGGCUGUUGUAUUGUUCAUUGUGGCCUUGGAGCCUCUGGGGUGACCUGGAGCCUCUGGGGUGGCCUCUUUUUCUUUGCUUGUUUGUUGUUGGCUUUAAGCAGACGUUUUGUUCUUAGUAGAAAGAAUUUUUAAAAAUUACCAAGGGAUCACAUUUUAGGAGCAGGAAUACAUUUUAAUUAAUCCUGAUCUCCAGAAAUCUUAAUUGGAAAGCUUUAAAGUAGUCACAAGGUUUAUCCUUUGACCCUAUCUUUGGGGAGUUUUGAAUGCUGAUCUACUUUUCUGCCUUUAUUAAUAUGAAAAAUUCCCAAACUCCAAGAACUUAGGAUUUCAAGACCAGAAUUAAGUUGGGUUUGAUAAAAUGACUUUAGUUAUUCCUGCCUGACCCAGUGAAUUAAGUUUGGCAUUGUUGUCAUACUUACUAGAAGUUAAAGUAAUGUCGAAUGUGCCUGGGUAAGAGGCUUCCUUCCCUCUGCCUUUGAAGCCAUAUUCUCCCUGAGUGUAUAAGGAAGUGGCCGUCUCAGUAGCUCUUCUAUUCCUGACCUUUUUCAUUCUUGUUUUCUUGUGGUCCAAUUCCUUCCACACACACUUAAAGGAAAUCAACAAACUAAAACACACAGAGAAACAAAGCUUGUAAGCUGUUUAACAUGUAAGCCAAAGCCAAUAUUGAUUGAAGGUCUUCUGUAAUUGUUAAUCACUUUGCAAAAGGGGGUGAAAUGUCAAAUUGCCUGUAUUUGCAUUUCUGGACUGUAAACUUUGUAUGUAAUAUAAUGUGUGUGGUUUUUAAUUGAGCUGUAUAAUCUGUUUAUUUUGAGGCCUGCGGAACUGUAUGAUUUUUUACUUGAUGUAAUAGAGGGGACCCUUCUCAUUCUCAAAAACCAUUUUCCAAAACCUUCUCUGAAUAUCUAAAUUUGGUAAGCUACUGUAACAUACUACAGUAAGGUAUAAGUAAUUAAAACCUUUAAAUG